AUGAACGACCGGUACGCUUCCCAUCAAUCAGUGGAUGACCAAAGUCAAAGCCAGAAUGGUCCGCCAAAUCUCAGUCAGAACGCCUCGAUCGGUCCAAAACCGAGCCCUCUCUGCUCAACCUUUGAUCAUACCGACUUCAAUUCCAAUCUUGACUGGUUUUUGGAAGAUGCUGGGAGCGAUGACUUCCUAGGGGCUCCAGACUUCUUCGGCCUAUUUGGCUUCAACGACAAUCAAACCCUCUCUAAUCCUUUAAUGUCUGCUCCACAGACUGCGGUACCUUCUGCCCGACAGUCUGAUGCCGGCGACAAUGCCAACGAUGACAUGGAUGACGCAGGGAAUGGUGAUGCAAACGAUUCUGUGCCCGCUCUAGGUGGUCUUCUCACUCCACAGCCCCAUGAAACAAGCAUUUCCGACAACCCAUGGCCAGUGGAAACUCCAAGACCUUCCCAGGGUCACACAGCUCUGCCACCAUUAGGACCUGAAGAUCAGGCAUCGGACUCAUUCUCCAAAUUCUGCUCACUCAUGCCAAUAAACGACCGGACAAAGCACGCUCUGCAGAAAUGCAUCAUGUUACCCUUCGAGCAUAGUUCGACACAGACACUGGGGCUUGAGCGGUUUCCCCCCAACCAAACAUUGGACCAUUGCAUCGACCUGUACUUCGCCUACUUUCACCCAAUGCUUGCCAUUGUACAUCAGCCCACAUUUGAUCCUGGUAAAGAUCUCGUGGUCACCUUAGCUAUGAUCUGCAUAGGGGCUUGCUACACCGGGUACACAGGGGCUAAAUCCUUUUCGAUCGCGUUAUCCGAGCUCAUCAGGAAGCUUUUGGUCUUUAUGGCCGAGCAAGAUCGUCGAUUCGUUCGAACGGCGUCUUACUUGACAGCACAGCUCCUGCAGGGGACUCACGGGUACUGCAGCGGCAGUGAGAGACUGUUUGAGAUCAGCGAGUCGUGUCGCAGCACCCUGGUUCAUCACGCGAAGUGUAUGGGUCUCUUUCGUUAUGAGUCCCAGCGGACACCUCGGCUUGGCAUUUCAUUGGACGAAGCAUGGCGUGAAUGGAUCAGCGAAGAAGGGUUGAGACGCCUUGGGUGGGCAGUCUACAAAUAUGACGCUUCUGUGGCAUAUUUGCACAACAACAGACCGUUCUUGAGCACCGGCGAUAUCAAUCUCAAUCUACCCGGCUCAGCCGACCAUUGGGCAGCAGAAUCGGCACAGGCAUGGUCCUCACUCCAUCCAUGGUGCAAGGCUUGUCCUCCAACCUCUCGGUUGCGACCCAUGAUCAGGUUGCUAUUCGACGGCACCAUGAACCCGGUUGAGAAAAUCGGAGACGAAGAGCACCGUUUUAUCAUUCUAUUGACCCUGCUUAGGAUGUUGUGGACGUUGAAGGAAAUCAGAUCCUCGCCGAUAAACGAUCUAGUAACCCCUCCUUGCUACGAUGAUGGACGACGAACUCUGGUGCAAGCAAUCGAUCAGAUGACCAUCCCCAUUGUGGCUGCUUCCAAGAAUAAUACACGGGCAGAGAUGGACCGGUUGGUACAUCGGAUGCAGCUCGUUCACAUUUCUCAUGUUUACGGCGCCGGUGAUCUAAUGAAUUGGCUGUAUCCAUACCUACGUCACGGCCCCGAAGCAGAAAAUGCUAGGAUUCGUAUGAAACAAUGGGCAAAUGAAAAUGCCCAAAGAACAAGAGACGUGGCCUACCAUUGCGCGCAGAUGCUUGCCCUGGUUCGGUACUACCCAAGCAAUAGAUCACUGGAACCAUUCCUCACAUUCCACGCAGGGGUAGUGCUGUCGUGUAUGGCCACCCUGCUACCGGAAGGAUCGCUACUUAACCAAAACUCCUCAAUCCAGCUCGAUCUCCUCGAUCCAGGAAGUGGUGAGGUAACCAAUCGGCAGACGGGCUGGGUUUCUUACGGAGGAAAUGAGCAGAUCAGCUUACUUGGAGUACCGGACCUGGCUUCUGCAUUGGGCCGACAACAAGUAUUAGACCAAACGGCUCUGUUGCUGAAACGCCAGAGAGUCUGGGGAAUGGCACGAAACCUCACAAAAGUUGUGCUUGCGCUUGGAGCUCGUGAUACGGAUGGAGACAUACGGGAUGCUGCUGGUCCACUACAACUCUUCUCAGCAACGCUCUCUCCGUCCAGCUUUCCUCACGGGACUUGA